AUGCCAUAUCAGAAACUUGCAGACUCAGCUAGACCACUUUUUUUGAAGGGAUUGCCAAAGUCUCGUUAUGAGAGACAGUUUGCGCAUUUAAAUAUACUGGCAAACUACAAAGAUUCUGCCUAUAAGUUUGACAAUGUGGGAAAGCUUCAGCUUACAUUUAAGAAGAUGAAUGCAUAUGGGCAUAUGGGGGCGAGAAAAUUUUGGACAACAAACUUGCGUACCAUUUGUUUUCAUAAUCCGCAAUUACCGAUUGAGGUGCAGAGGGUUGACUGUCCUACGAAGGAGGAGCAGCUCAAAUGUCCAAGUAUUUUGAAGGUGUACUUCAAGGAUGGUAAAACCAAGAAAAUAGAUUGCAAAAACAAACAGCAUGAUGAUAUUAUGAAGGAGCUAGUUCAAUUGACACACGCGGUGAAGAUCCCUGAGAGUAAAAUUCCAAUAUUUUCCCGUAGAUCAUACGAGGAGAGAAUAGCGAAAGACUGA